AUGGAAAACCCUGUGACUUUCGACGAUUUUCAGCGGGAACUGGAAGAGUAUAUCAGGAAGCAGAGAGCCCGAGGGUUACAGCCAGAGACCCGCUUCAGGAAGGAGACAGAGAGGGACCGCACUGCGCCUCCCGGGCCCCCAAUGCUGCAGCCCAGCCUCCCCUUCAGGGGCUCCCCCGGGUUCCCGGGGCCCCACAAAAGGCAGAGGACAGUGGGCAGCCGCUUACCCCAAUGGGCCAACAUCCAUCGCUCCGCACCACGCCUGGACUCUCUACUCCACCGUCAGAAAAAUCAUCAUUUCUUCCAAAACCCGUGGCUUCCAAGCCCGCCUGUGCGAGGCGGGACCCCGGGGCCCCGCGCAGCACGCGGCGGAGACGCUGCCCGCCGGCCUGGGGUGCAUCAGGCCGGCCACCUGGAGCCAGGCCCCGGGAGAAGGUCCGGGGAGGAGGGAGGCGGCAUCAGCCUGGAGCUGCAAGCAAAGCUGCGGCAGAGGAAGCGGGGUGCGGAGGGAGAGGCCUGCGGAGAGAAGGGGAGGAGGCAGGAGGGCGAGCCAGGGAGAGAAGAAAAGCCAGGACGAGGGAAGAGCGGAGAACAGGGAGUCACCAAGGAGCGAAGCCUGUCCGGCAGGAAGAAGCGGCCCCGGGGCGAGGGGCGCCCGCAGCAGCGGGGCCUGUGGGACCUGUGGGAUGAGGCCAUCCUCGGCAGCUGCUGCUGA